CAUCUCCCUGCCGCUCCUCCCCAGCCCUGAGGCAGCGGAAGCACAGAGGCGUCGAAGCAGGCACAGCUGAUGGAGGUGCUGAAGAAGGAGGUGAGGGCGAUGCUGAUAGCUGCCAAAGCAGGCUUGACACCAGAGCAGCUGGAGGAGCAGUACAUGGCCAUGGUCUGCAAACCUCUCCCUCUGCGUGACCUGGGCUUCCAGUCCACCUUGGAGCUGGUGACACAAAUGCCUGAAGUUGUCCGAAUCUGUUCUUCUAAGAAUGGCAGUUUAAUCCUCAAAGCCAUUGCUGAUGACUCCACCAAAGGGAUUGCCAAGCUGGUUGCCAACCAGAAAGUAAAGAUACGGAAGGCAUCAAAGAAAACUUAUACAAAGGCAAAUGCUACUUUUCCCACUAAGAACUCUAAGAAUCCACAGAGUUUCCAAACUCUGAGUGCUGGGACUCCUGUCCUGCCAGCAGCAGUGAAGGCUGAGCUGCAGGACCUGCUGAGCUCCUCACCGCUUCUGCUCGCGGACUUGGACAAGGCCUUCCUCAGACGCUUUGGCCGGGCGUUCCAGUACAGGCAGUACGGAUUUUUGUCCAUGUUUGAAGUCCUCAGGAGUAUGUCUGAUUCCAUUGUCAUUGAGCAGACAAAGGCAGGUUCCUUGCUGGUCCUGAGGAAGUACUUGGCAAGCAGGAUAGAACAGGAGGAGGUACCUCAGGGUGAGGCUGAGGAGGAAGAGGUGCCUCAGGGUGAAGCUGAGGAGGAAGAGGUGCCUCAAGGUGAAGCUGAGGAGGAAGAGGUGCCUCAAGGUGAAGCUGAGGAGGAAGAGGUGCCUCAAGGUGAAGCUGAGGAGGAAGAGGUGCCUCAAGGUGAAGCUCAGGAAGAAGAGAUGCUGCAAGCAGCAUCUGCAGCUAAGAUGCCUCCUUUAGAACCCAUCCACGAGACAGAGAGCUUCUACCAGGCAGCACUUCCAAUGGAUUCGGAGCCGGUGCAAGCUCAAGCAGUAGAUUUGGAUGAUCACCUCAAACGACAUCAAGGUUUUGAGCAGUCUCCACCGAGUCCAGAGAUCCCUCCAGAUGCUGUUCAGGACAGAAGCCUUUGCAGUUUGCCACCUCUGAAGAGAAAGUGCUUGGUGGGAGUCAUUGUGGAAUUCAUCGUCUCUCCUAGCCAGUUCUACAUCCACGUCUGCAGCAGGGAAGCAUCCUAUAAACUGCAGGAUCUGAUGUUUGAGAUGAGACACGUUUACUCACAUAAAGUUGCUUCUGAUAAAUACAUCAUGCCCGAGUCUGCAGUGCGGCCUGGGCAGCUCUGCUGUGUCAUGGUCUCCAAGUGGUGGUACCGUGUGAUCAUCCACCGUGUGGUCAAUGACCAGGAGGUAGAGGUGUUCUAUGCAGACUAUGGACACCUCCAAAUUGUCCAGAAGUCCUGGCUGAGAUUCCUCAAGUGGCACUACUUGAAGCUCCCUGCUCAGGCCAUCCCAUGUUCCUUGGCAUGGGUAAAACCCGUGGAGGGCACGUGGUCCAGUGCAGCAAUUCUCCUGUUCAAGCAUCUCUGUCGCUUCAAGGAACUUGUGGGCAUCGUUGAUGAAUACGUGGAUGGUGUUCUGUACCUCUUCCUGUGUGACACAUCCACCAAGGAGGAUGUCUACUUCCACUCUGUCUUGAGGGAUAUGGGAUAUGCUGAUGUCUGUGGAGAGAACAUCCCUUCCCAGGAAUUUGAGGAACUGAAUCCUUCAGCCUUGUAUGUUCAGCCCAGUGGAAAGCAGGGGAAUGCUGGAAUGGUGGAGCCAGACCUUCACUUGCAGCAGGAAUCUCAAGAUGCAGACAGUGAAACAGCAACCUCGAAGCUGGAUGGGGCUGAGCUGUGACCAGAUGAAGAAAACAUGAAGACCAAGACCUUCCCAGGAGUCUCAUGGUUGGCCUCUGCGGUGCUUUGGGCUCUGUGACCAAGGGCCACCUCAGGAACUGUGUGUCCCUCCUGCCCUGCCCCCUGCAGUGUUGGCAGCUGCAUGAUUGGCCACUUCUCAUGCCUAUUUCCAGUGGCAGCCCAGCCUGAGAAGGAAGGUGUGGUAAGAGGGGAGAAGCUGGAGCUGCUGCCAGGGAAGGCUGUCUGGAGCAGCACAGGCUCUUUGUCUGACUUUUUUUAUGAUCUCUCUGUAUGUUUUGUUGUUUUUUUUUUUUGUUCAGAAACAUUUAAUCCCUUGUGAAAACCUGGAGUGUGAUGUCUCAGGUGUGCCCAGCAUGUGUGAUAAAUGUUAGUUUUACUUUCAGGAAAGUAGUUUGGUUUUGUUGUACCAGUGGUGUACUGAGUUACUGCUCUUUAAUAUAAUGGUUCAGGAGAACAUCCAAGUGUCAUAUUGUGUUACGUAUCCUUUAAGUUUAGGAGAGGGAAACUGGCUGCCCAUCCCUCCCUGCUUCAGUGCAUGAGCUGUUUUGACAUUUUGUGGGGAUGUGGUUUUGGUUUUCAACACAGUAGCUGCUCUUCAUACUCCUUGCUCUGAGGAGAGCUGAAGAAACCUCCUUCCUCAAGAAGAAGAUGCUGUGAUUUGUUCAGUGUCGUGUGUACAAAGUGUCAGGAAUUUCACCUUAAAGAUACAGAAUAAAAUUUGUAAGGAAUCCGGUGAGAGAGAGCCUG